CUCUCACUCAACUCAAGGCUUUCCUAGCUUCAUACAAACAGAGCUUUUGCCUUCAACUAAAACUUCCUACAAAUAUGGCAAUCAGUAUGGGACACAUCCUCCGUGGUAAACAAGGCCUCAGAAGGUCCUCUUCAAGAACAAACAGAGAGAGUGAGGUUCCUAAGGGUCACUUUGCAGUUUAUGUAGGCAAGAGCGACAAAAAGCGCUUUGUAAUUCCGGUUUCAUACCUGAAAGACAGCUCAUUCCAAGACUUGCUAAGUCAAGCUGAAGAAGAGUUCGGCUUUGAUGAUCCCAUGGGGGGACUCACAAUACCUUGCCCGGAGGAUACCUUCAUUGACAUCAUAUCUAGUAUGAGUAGAUCUUGAUAGACUUUAGACAUCUUAGGUUAUGUAGGUAAUCAGUACAACAAUUUUGGUGAGAAAAUUACUCAUGUACAGAGUUCGAUAUCUUUUUUCCUGUAGAUAUUGGAAUACACAUUUUUAUUUUAUGAGUAGUUUUCAUUUGUUACUAAUUCUGAACCCCUUCAAGUUGUAGAAGAAGUCUAAUUAUUCAAUAUAUCUCCAAAGAUAAUAAAUUUUGAUUCAGCCGAAGUAAAUUAAAGCAUUUCUUAUUUGUAUCUUUUGUUCCUGAAAUAUAAACUAUACUGCAAGUUUAAAC